UGCGCAGAACUGUUCCCGGCCCGGAUCGCUAUGGCAGCGGCGUCGUCGUGGGCCGGACCCCAGCGAUCCCGCCCGGGGCUGGCUGCCUCAACAGCCGCCCCGACUGCCCCCUCUCGGGCAUGAACCGAGCUUCUUGUUGCCGCCCGCUGCCCUACACGCCGCUGCCGCCGCAUCCCGACUCUGGGCCAGCGCUGGGAACAUGCCCCUGGCCGCCUACUGCUACCUGCGGGUUGUGGGCAAGGGGAGCUACGGAGAGGUGACGCUUGUGAAGCACCGGCGGGACGGCAAGCAGUAUGUCAUCAAAAAACUGAACCUCCGAAAUGCCUCUAGCCGAGAGCGGCGAGCUGCUGAACAGGAAGCCCAGCUCUUGUCUCAGUUGAAGCAUCCCAACAUUGUCACCUACAAGGAGUCAUGGGAAGGAGGAGAUGGUCUGCUCUACAUUGUCAUGGGCUUCUGUGAAGGAGGUGAUCUGUACCGAAAGCUCAAGGAGCAGAAAGGGCAGCUUCUGCCUGAGAAUCAGGUGGUAGAGUGGUUUGUACAGAUCGCCAUGGCUUUGCAGUAUUUACAUGAAAAACACAUCCUUCAUCGAGAUCUGAAAACUCAAAAUGUCUUCCUAACAAGAACAAACAUCAUCAAAGUGGGGGACCUAGGAAUUGCCCGAGUGUUAGAGAACCACUGUGACAUGGCUAGCACCCUCAUUGGCACACCCUACUACAUGAGCCCUGAAUUGUUCUCAAACAAACCCUACAACUAUAAGUCUGAUGUUUGGGCUCUAGGAUGCUGUGUCUAUGAAAUGGCCACCUUGAAGCAUGCUUUCAAUGCAAAAGAUAUGAAUUCUUUAGUUUAUCGGAUUAUUGAAGGAAAGCUGCCACCAAUGCCAAGAGAUUACAGCCCAGAGCUGGCAGAACUGAUAAGAACAAUGCUGAGCAAAAGGCCUGAAGAAAGGCCAUCUGUGAGGAGCAUCCUGAGGCAGCCUUAUAUAAAGCGGCAAAUCUCCUUCUUUUUGGAGGCCACAAAGAUAAAAACCUCCAAAAAUAACGUUAAAAAUGGUGACUCUAAAUCCAAGCCUUUUGCUACAGUGGUUUCCGGAAAGGCAGAAUCAAAUCAUGAAGUAAUCCACCCCCAACCACACUCUUCUGAGGGCUCCCAGACAUAUAUAAUGGGUGAAGGCAAAUGUUUGUCCCAGGAGAAACCCAGGGCCUCUGGUCUCUUGAAGUCACCUGCCAGUCUGAAAGCCCAUACCUGCAAACAGGACUUGAGCAAUACCACAGAACUAGCCACAAUCAGUAGGGUAAAUAUUGACAUCUUACCUGCAAAAGGGAGGGAUUCAGUGAGUGAUGGCUUCAUUCGGGAGAAUCAGCCAAGACAUUUGGAUGCCUCUAAUGAGUUAGGAGGUAAAUGCAGUAUUUCUCAAGUGGAAGAGGAGAUGCUGCAGGACAACACUAAAUCUAGUGCCCAGCCUGAAAACUUGAUUCCCACGUGGUCCUCUGACAUUGUCACUGGGGAAAAGAAUGAACCAGUGAAGCCUCUGCAGCCCCUAAUCAAAGAACAAAAGCCAAAGGACCAGAGUCUUGCCCUGUCGCCCAAGCUGGAGUGCAGUGGCACAAUCUUGGCUCACAGCAACCUCCGCCUCCUGGGUUCAAGUGAUUCUCCAGCCUCAGCCUCCCGAGUAGCUGGGAAUACAGGCAUGUGCCACCACACCCGGGAUCAAGUUGCUGGUGAAUGUGUUAUAGAAAAACAGGGCAGAAUCCACCCAGAUUUACAGCCACACAACUCUGGGUCUGAACCUUCCCUGUCUCGACAGCGACGGCAGAAGAAGAGAGAACAGACUGAGCACAGAGGGGAAGAGAGACAGUUCCAAGAGUCGCUUCCUCGAUUUUUGCCUUCUUAUCCCAUUGUUGGGAAAGUGGAUAUCACAUCAACACAAAAAGAGGCUGAAAACCAACGUAGAGUGGUCACUGGGUCUGUGAGCAGUUCAAGGAGCAGUGAGAUGUCAUCAUCAAAGGAUCGACCGUUAUCAGCCAGAGAGAGGAGGCGACUGAAGCAGUCACAGGAAGAAAUGUCCUCUUCAGGCCCUUCAGUGAGGAAAGCUUCUCUGAGUGUAGCAGGGCCAGGAAAACCCCAGGAGGAAGACCAGCCCAUGCCUGCCCAACGGCUCUCCUCUGACUGCAGCGUCACUCAGGAAAGGAAACUGAUUCAUUGUCUGUCUGAGGAUGAGUCAAGUUCUUCUACAAGUUCAACUGAUAAGUCAGAUGGGGAUUACAGGGAAGGGAAAGAUCAGACAAAUGAAAUUAAUGCCUUGGUACAAUUGAUGACUCAGACACUGAAACUAGAUUCUAAAGAGAGCUGUGAAGAUGUCCUGGUAGCAAACCCAGUGUCAGAAUUCAAACUUCAUCGGAAAUAUCGGGACACACUGAUACUUCAUGGGAAGGUUGCAGAAGAGGCAGAGGAAAUCCAUUUUAAAGAGCUACCUUCAGCUAUCAUGCCAGGUUCUGAAAAGAUCAGGAGACUAGUUGAAGUCUUGAGAACUGAUGUAAUUCGUGGCCUGGGAGUUCAGCUUUUAGAGCAGGUGUAUGAUCUUUUGGAGGAGGAGGAUGAAUUUGAGAGAGAGCUCCUCCCUGUGUUCACACCUUUGAUGCAUUCCCUGCCAUCUGGAUUGUUUGCUAUCUUCACCCUGCAGAGUCCAGAGCUCUCGCUUUGUCUCCAACAUGGAGAUAAUGCUCAGGUCAGGAAGACAGAUUCCCGGGAAGACCAGGUUCCUGUAGUUCUCCUACAUCACUUCCCUGUAUAAAGCCCUCUGUGCAGGGUCUAGUUAUUUCCACUCCUCCUGAGAGAAUUCUGUAGCCACAUCCAUGAAUGUCAAGUGACGCUGAGUAAGAGUCAUUCCUGAUUCCUUUUCUUUCCUCUUCUUUCUCUUCUGGGCUUCUUCAUCACACAGCCUGACUCACAAGAAAUCAAUCUGUGGCUGGGUGCGGUGGCUUACGCCUGUAAUCCCAACACCUUGGGAGGCUGAGAUGGGUGGAUCACGAGGUCAGGAGAUUGAGACCAUCCUGACUUAACAUGGUGAAACCCCGUCUCUACUAAAAAUACAAAAAAGCCGGGCGUAGUGGCGGGCGCCUAUAGUCCCAGCUACUCGGGAGGCUGAGGCAGGAGAAUGGCAUGAACCCAGGAGGCGGAGCUUGUAGUGAGCCAAGAUCGCACCACUGCACUCCAGCCUGGGCAACUGAGAGAGACUGUCUCAAAAAGAAAAAAAAAAAUCAAUCUGUGAGGCCGGGUGCGGGGUGGCUCACGCCUGUAAUCCCAGCAUGUGUUAGUCUGUUCUCACACUGCUAAUAAAGACAUACCUGAGAUUGGGUAGUUUAUAAAGAAAAGAGGAUUAAUUGACUCACAGUUCCAUAUGCUUGGGGAGGCCUUAACAAUCAUAGCAGAUGGUGAAGGGGAAGCAAGACAUGUCUUACAUGGCAGCAGGCAAGAGAGUGUGUGCAGGGGGACUGCCCUUUAUAAAACCGUCAGAUCUCGUGAGACUUACUAUCACGAGAACCGCCUGGGAAAAACCCGCCCCCAUGAUUCAGUUACCUCCCACCGGGUCCCUCCCACGACACGUGGGGAUUAUGGGAGAUACAAUUCAAGAUGAAAUUUGGGUGGGGACACAGCUAAACCAUACUUUUGGAGGACGAGGUGGGCAGAUUGCCUGAACUCAGAAGUUUGAGACGGGCCUGGGCAACAUGGCGAGGCUCCUGUGUGUGCUGUGGCAUGACCUUCAUGUGAUCCGCUUCCAGGUCUCAUUGGACACAUUUGAGUUAAUUCUUGUAUAUGGCAUGAUGAAGUAAAGCUCCAACUUCAUUAUGUAUGUGGCUGUCCUGUUGUUCCAUCACCAUGUGUUGCAAAGACUAUUUUUUCACCUUGUUAAAAAUCAGUUGACUAUAGACACAUGAGCUUAUUUCUGGACUCUCAUUUCUAUUCCGCUGAUCUAUAUAUCUAUCCUUAUGCCACUAACACACUUUGCUUACUGUUACUUUGGAGUAAGGUUUGAAAUCAGGAAGGGUGAGUCCUCCACUAUUAUUCUUUCUCAAGAUUGUUUUGGUUAUUCUGGGUCCCUUGCAAUUACAUAUGAAUUUUAGAAUUUGCUUGUCAGUUUCCACAAAGAAGCCAGCUGUCGUAAAGGAAUUCAGAGAAGAAAGAAAAGUAUGUUUGUAAAUUUUGUUGUUGUAACUCUAUCAUUUCUGGAUCUCUUUAUUUGUUCCUUUGGAUUCAACUUUCCAUGUGGAGUCAUUUCUGUAGCCUAAUACAGCUUUGCUCCCACUCACCUCGUUUGUUAUUGGCAAAUAUAUUACAUUUCUAUAUGUUAUAGGCUCAACAAUAUAUACAUGUUUUAAAAUUGUAAUAAAAUGGAGAUAAAAUAUACCAUUUUAGCCAUUUUAAA